GGUCGCCAUGUUGUUGUCUUUGUGAAUAAGAGUGAAGCUCGAGCUCACAUCACUCUUCCCUCUUCCCCCGAGUCCUCUCUAAACUCUUCCCCCCCUGGGUUUCUACCCUCCCGAACCUCUCCCCUUCUACCCUCACAACCCCAACCCAUCCCCCGGUCACCUUCCAGCGCUCGAACCGGAUUUUUUCUGUGACCAAAGACCAACCCGGUCCCCCUAAGUUCGGCACGGAAGGCCCACACACGGCAGCUGCAGCUAUGGACUCCGGUGUGAUUGAAGGAGGGCUCAAUGUCACUCUUACCAUUAGGCUGCUCAUGCACGGCAAGGAAGUUGGCAGCAUCAUUGGAAAGAAAGGCGAAUCUGUGAAGAAGAUGCGUGAAGAGAGCGGGGCGCGCAUCAACAUCUCCGAGGGCAACUGUCCCGAGAGAAUCAUCACUUUGGCGGGGCCGACCACCGCCAUCUUCAAGGCCUUCUCUAUGAUCAUUGAUAAACUGGAAGAGGACAUCAGCAGCUCGAUGACAAACAGCACAGCCGCCAGCAGGCCCCCGGUGACCCUGCGCAUCGUGGUGCCCGCCAGUCAGUGCGGCUCCCUCAUUGGCAAAGGUGGCUGCAAGAUCAAGGAAAUCCGAGAGUCAACCAGUGCUCAGGUCCAAGUGGCAGGUGACAUGCUGCCCAACUCCACGGAGCGUGCCAUCAGCAUAGCUGGAACGCCCCAGUCGAUCAUCGAGUGCGUCAAGCAGAUUUGUGUGGUCAUGCUCGAGUCCCCCCCGAAGGGCGUCACGAUUCCCUACAGACCCAAACCUUCGGGAUCCCCCGUCAUCUUCGCAGGCGGACAGGCCUAUGCGGUACAAGGACAGCACGCCAUUCCACAGCCAGAUUCUUCCUCUGCUGCUAUCUCUCCACAGCUCACCAAGCUUCACCAGCUGGCUAUGCAGCAGAGCCCCUUCCCCAUUGCGCACAGCAACCAGGGAUUCACCGGAAUCGAUGCUUCCGCUCAGACCAGUUCUAAUGAGAUGAAAAUUCCAAACGAGCUCAUCGGAUGCAUCAUUGGCCGCCAAGGCGCCAAGAUCAAUGAGAUCAGACAAAUGUCGGGCGCCCAGAUCAAGAUAGCGAACCCGGUGGACGGCUCCACCGACCGACAGGUGACCAUCACGGGUUCACCUGCCAGCAUCAGCUUGGCGGAGUACCUCAUCAACGCCAGGCUUUCCUCUGAGGCCACCGGAUUGGCAGCCAACUGAUUGAGACUCCCAGUCUGCACUAAAUCUCACCACCACCAACAUCAUCAACAAAAAUCUAUAUUACACCUAUAUAACACCACUUCCUUCCUUUAUUGUUAGCAUCACUUCAUCCACAGCCUUUAUGAUUAUUUAUUUUUUUUUAAAUUUGUUUUAGUCCACCCCUGAACUAGGAAUAUAGGACCCCGAUUUUGGGGAGAUGAGAUCUUAAAUCAAAAAUGUUUUUUUUUUUUUAAAUUUAUAUCUUUGUCUUGAUGCCCUUUUCCAGCUUCCAUGUUUCAGUGCAGCCACAAAAGAAGAUUUAGAUUUAGUUGUGUACAGCAUAGCUUUCUUUGGAAAAAAUACAGAAUAGAGUUACUCUUUUAUCCCCCUAAAAAUGUAUUUUGUUACACAUCAGAGUAGUAGAUGCACAUUCGAUCGCUGAUACGUCAUAGGCACGCUCCCUAUUGAUGUCAUUCCCCUCCAUGGAUCAUGUUUUGUUUUUGCCGGGCUGGGAAAUUCUUUUGUCGGGGUUUUUUGAGGGGGGAAGUUUUUUUUGUUGUAAAGACUGCUAAAUACUUAUAAAAAGACAUAAAAAGUUGGAAUAUUUGUUUUAAAUGGAAGAAGUAUUUUUUUUAACUACCAAAGGACAGGAGGAAGAGUGGGGCGGGAGGGGGGACACAUGCAGCAGGUAUGAGGCUAUUACGAAGAAAACAAAAUGAAGGCAAAGAAGGGGUCGUAAGCUAACACUAGUUUCCUGCUCUUUCCUUUGCUCAGUUCUUUGUUUUAAUGAUUAUUAUUUGCAGGAAAAAAGGACAUUUGUGCACGUUUUUCUUUUUCUGAGACUGUAGAUCUUGGGUGCCACAAAUUUGUUAAAAAAAAAUAAAAAUGUGAAAUGCUCUAAACACA